GUGGUUAUUUUUUUUCAUUAUUCUUUUCCUUCCUUCUCCCGUUAACGUAACUAACUCAGUUACUAGUUUAUUGUAUGAAUGAAUGCUGCAACCAAAUGUUUCUACUCUCUUCAAUCAACACUCUCCCAAUUACCUUCAAAUCUCAACGAUGCCGCAACCCUUCUUGUUUCCUUCAAACCAUCAACGCUAACCCUAACUCCGAUUCCGAUGACGAUCACCGGAACAAUUCCACCACCCUCACUCUAUCCUCCACCCGCGCACUCGCCUCCGCCAUUCGAAAAGUCUCCACCUCACCCGUCGAGUUCACUCAGCGACUCGAAAAACAUCCUAGAAACGGACUCGUUCUUCCUAGUCCCGAUUUCCAUAGACUCUGCCUCCAACAACUUCAACUCUUUCGAAGAAUUGUUCCCGAAUCGUUCUUAUCGGUGUAUGUUAGACCUGCAGGUAGUUAUGUGAUGGAUCAACUGGAGCUGCGGAGGGUUGCAGUGUACCCUGGAGGAGAUGCUGAGUCAGAGGAAGAAGGCAUUGCCAUUCUCGUCAGUCAUUUUAAUGUUCCCGCUGGCUUGCGAUCCGCCGAGACAGCGCUUUCCGAAUUGCAAGUUAAGGUUGUACCUGAAUGUAAAGCUGUAGUUCUUCCCAUGGUUAAACAUCCCUUUGUUGUUGGCUUCUUGGUUGCUGAGCUUCCAUUGGUGGAGCUCGAAACUUGUGUGAAGGGUCAAAGUGAUGGGUUGAAUAACCAUGUAUCUGGGAAGGAAGAUUAUUCACUUCCUCCUUUUUUGGAUUUGGAUAAGAAGUCAUGGGAAAUUCAGACUCUUCGGAUGAAGGAUGAGCCAGUUGGUAUGUGCAACUUCACUGCCGAUCAAAGAUCAAAUGCUGUCGACAUUUCACAGUCUCUAGCUAUGGCAUAUGUUAUGGAUCAGAAAGCAAUGUUACUUCAGCAAUCAACAUGGCAAAAUAAUAUCAGGAUGAAUAAUCUGGUUGAGCAAAUCCGUGGUCCACUUUCAAGCAUUCAAACCUUGGGUAAAAUCCUGUCCACACAAACAAAGAAAAGUGAGAUUUCAUAUGACAUUGUUGAGGAUAUCUUGGCGCUAGGUGAUCGUCUGAGUGAUGUUCUCCAACAACUCCAGGAUGCUGUAUACUUGACAAAGGGUAAUAUUCUGCGCUACAAUGAAGAAUCAAUCAAGAAAAUGAAUGGUUCUAAUCACAUAUUUUCUGAGUCAGUAAAAUCUCAAUUGUUAGAUGGUUCUCCAAGGGAUGGCUCUGUUAAUAAGAUGCAUAAAUCUAGCGAGCCACUUUCUCUUGGUGCUGCUGCCCAGGAUAUAGAGAUGCCCCUUCCACCUUUAGCUCUCGCUCCACUACGACAUGGAAUCAGAUCGUGCAAUGUUUCUGAAGUAUUGGCGGACUUGGUUGAUACAAUCAAACCUCUUGCUCAGAAUCAAAAACGUGUAAUAGAACAUAGUCGGCUCUCAUCACCUUUGCUAGUUUCUGUAGAAGAACCUGCUCUGCGCCAGGCUUUCAGCAACCUUAUUGAAGGUGCUUUACUCCGAACACAUGUUGGAGGAAAGGUUACAAUUGUGUCUACUUCUGCACCAGCUGGUGGCACCCUCGUACUUAUUGAUGAUGAUGGACCUGAUAUGCACUAUAUGACGCAGAUGCAUUCACUCACACCAUACGGACAAGAACUCUUGGCUGAAGAUAUGGUUGAAGACAAUAUGACGUGGAACUUUGUUGCUGGGCUCACUAUUGCCCGGGAGAUACUGGAGAGUUAUGGCUGUGUCGUGCGCAUUAUAUCACCCCGGACCAAAGAUGCUCCACUUGGAGCUGGGGGAACUCGUCUUGAACUUUGGCUUCCAAUGGCAGUUGCUAAAUCUGAUAUAUAGAAUGAAUUUGAAGUUACGGAAGAUAAAUUGACACAUUCACAAACAGUUCCGCCUCACAGCACCUGAGAGUUGAGAAACCGUCUAGAAUAAGAUUGUAUGGUAAAUAUUACUAGUUCGUUCUUUAUCAUUGCAAAAGAUAUGUAUCCAGUCUGUAUAUUAUCCUGUAAAGUUUCAUUUGUUGCAUAGUCUAUUUUAUGGUUAUGUGGAUAAUAUCAUGUAAGCAAUGUAUUACAUCAUAUAGAAAGGCGUGUGGUUUAAGAGAGUCUGUCAAAAGCCUCAACAUGUAAAAUCGUUUGUGUCCCCAUCCAAUUUAAAAAAACUUGUUUUCAGUAUCAGAA